GGAAGUGGUCGUUAGCUACACGAGCGGCAUCUCUUCAAGCCACUCGUGCGUCUUCAACAAUAGCCAGAGAAUAAUAUUGCUAAGUCACCUGCCAAAGGAGCUUUUGCGUCGUUUAUAAACGUUCAUAUUAGUUAAAAAAUAGAGGUCGUUUUGGACCGUUGCUGUGGUUAAACGUAUUCCGUGUUUGAUAUGCUACUGUUAGCCUCUUAGCUUGGAUCGCAUUUGUCGGAUAGUACAGCGGUGUCCAUGUAUGAAAAGUACAUAUUGUUGACGGGUAGUUAGAAGCAUUUAUAUACAUUUAUCAGUCAUGGCGACCGGUGCAGAUGUGAGAGACAUUCUGGAAUUGACCGGAGCUGAAAAUGACGGUCCUAUCAGCAAGAAAGAUCUUAUUAACUCGGAUAAGAAGAAAACAAAGAAAGCUACGGAGACGCUGACUUUCAAGAGACCGGAAGGAAUGCAUCGCGAGGUCUACGCUCUACUGUAUUCAGAUAAGAAAGAUGCACCCCCUCUGCUGCCCAGUGACACAACUCAGGGCUAUAGGACAGUCAAAGCCAAGCUGGGCUGUAAGAAAGUGCGUCCUUGGAAAUGGAUGCCCUUCACAAAUCCAGCUCGCAGGGAUGGGGCAAUAUUCCACCACUGGAGACGUGUGGCAGAAGAGGGCAAGGACUACCCUUUUGCCCGUUUCAACAAGACAGUGCAGGUGCCAGUGUACUCUGAGCAGGAAUAUCAGAUGCAUCUUCACGAUGAUGGUUGGACUAAAGCAGAAACAGACCACCUGUUUGACCUGUGCAAGCGCUUUGACCUGCGCUUUAUAGUUGUCCAUGACCGUUAUGAUCAUCAGCAAUACAGAAAACGUUCUGUGGAAGACCUAAAGGAGAGAUACUAUAAUAUUUGUGGUAAGCUGACAAAGGUCCGUGCAGCUUCAGGGACAGAACCUAAGAUCUACGUCUUUGAUGCUGGCCAUGAAAGGCGCCGUAAAGAGCAACUAGAGAAGCUCUUCAAUCGAACACCAGAACAAGUGGCGGAAGAAGAAUAUCUUAUUCAGGAGCUGAGAAAGAUUGAGACUAGGAAGAAGGAGCGUGAAAAGAAGACUCAGGAUAUACAAAAACUCAUUAAAGCUGCUGAUACGACUACAGAGUUGAGACGGGCUGAAAAGAGGGUUUCCAAGAAGAAACUCCCACAAAAAAGAGAAAUGGAAAAACCAGCUGUUCCAGAGACAGCUGGCAUCAAAUUCCCUGACUGUAAAUCAGCUGGAGUCGCUCUGCGCAGCCACAGGAUGAAACUGCCGAGCUCAGUAGGCCAGAAGAAGAUCAAGGCUAUUGAGCAGAUCCUGAUAGAGCAAGGAGUGGAUCUCAAUCCUAUGCCGACAGAAGAGAUCGUACAGAUGUUCAAUGAACUACGUAGUGACCUGGUGCUGCUUUAUGAGCUGAAACAAGCACACAGCAAUUGUGAGUACGAACAACAAAUGCUACGGCACCGUUACGAGGCCCUGCUGAAGGCCGGUGGUGGAACCGGGUGUGGUGGGACUACAGGAACUGGACCAGUGGCCACAACACAGGCUGGAGACCUCAAUCCCACCAACAACACCACAGCAUCCACACCAGGUGGCGAUGCUCAGGCCUGGCCCAGUGCAGAUGACAUCAAGGUAGAAUCCAAAGAGCAGAUCAUUGACGUGGUAGGAGCGCCACUUACUCCCAACUCACGUAAACGGAGAGAAUCAGCAUCCAGCUCUUCCUCAGUGAAAAAGGUAAAGAAGCCUUGAUGAAGACGAGAUCCUCAACAGGCAUACGUCGAAGGACAAGGGACCACCUUAGCAGCUCUGGUCACAGUGGAGACACCCAUCAGUUUUACAGAUAGACACUGGGGAGUUGGAAACUAUAUUGCUGUUCAUUUAUACAGAAAAAUCACUGCGUAGACACAGAGGCCCAAGUUUUCACCUACUAAUGAGACCUCUCAACUUGUCCCCAUUUGGCUUUGCCUCCAUCGUUGUGACAAAGGCAACAACUGAGUGACAUUUCAUUCCAUUACUGGUCGUCUCCUCACCUAGGCCAUUGCCCAGCCUUAGAUGAGGCAAGAUCAACUGUAAAUUGCCAGGCUGAGCUAAUCGGGACAUGGUGGGGAAGGUGAGGAAGGCCGGGUAAUUGAAAUGAAUGAAAUUGGGAUGAAAGAAGAGACUCUGUGAGUGGGAGCACUUCGAGCCGCAAUGUUCAUUUGUCCCAUCUGAGGUAUUUCUGUAGUCUAAUCAUACCAUAGUGUUUACUGGAAAUGUGUUUUUGUUUUUGCCUGUAGUGCUGGCUCUCUCAUGAAAGCUGGUUUCAUCUGCUGCCAGUGCUUUAUGUUUGGACUAGUGGGGCUGAUUUGUGUUUUUGUCCUCAGGUGACCUUGAAGAUGCUUUAGUCAAUGAUUCAAUAAACCUCAUUGUUUUUUUUCUUCUCA